AUGACAGCCAUCGGCGAGCAGUUGGCGAUAUCCGUUAGCGACAUAUGUGCUGUCGAGUCAUUGCACACACACGUGUUGGUAACGGCUGUGAACGUUCGUCGAGGAGAAACGACAGACACUUGCCACCAGAAGGUCGCUCAUAAACUACCGUAUACCUUGUGGAUGCCGAAGAACUUCUCCAUUGAUUACCUCCUUUCGGAUUUCACCAACAGUUCAUCAGCGGGAUCACACAGAGAUGAAGAUGUCGUGAAACGAGAUGGUAUUCGUUUCAGGCUUGAAGGUGUUUCUUUAUGGAGACGUUUUCAUGCCCUCGGCACAGAAAUGAUCGUCACGAAAAGUGGAAGGAGAAUGUUCCCUGUAUUAAGUAUUUCAAUCUCUGGCCUCGAUAGCGAUGCCAGUUAUUCAUUGAUGGUGGAUAUGGAGUGUGUCGACAGUAAGCGCUAUCGGUAUUCAUUUCAUCAAAGCAAAUGGACAGCAACUGGUCCAGGUGAAGCAGAGCUACCGUGCAGGACAUUUGUUCACCCAGACAGUCCCGCCAAAGGUGCUCAUUGGAUGAAAGGAAGUAUUUCAUUUGACAAAAUAAAGCUUACCAAUAAUCAAUUGGAUCAAAAUGGUCACAUAAUCGUCAAUUCGAUGCAUCGCUAUCUGCCUCGAAUCCAUCUGGUUCGGCAUUCUGAUGAACAAGAAGAACAGGAUGGCAAAAAUAAUGAAGACCGUAUUACCGUAUCGUUUGAGGAGACUGUAUUUAUCGCCGUCACCGCAUAUCAGAAUCAUCGAGUUAGUGCUUCAGUGAUCUAA